AUGGCGUGGGCAGGGCCCGUGGGCGGGGCUUUGGGCCGGGCUAGGCACUGCCCCUCGGGAAGCGCACGGCCGGGAGGCCCGGGGGGCUCGGUGCGUGGGGAGCGCGCGCGGCGCGAUGGGGAAAGCGGUUGGUGUAAGGUGCUUGCCCAGUGUUGUGGCAGAGCUCUGGGGAGCCCCCAGUCCUCCCAGAGAGCACUCAGCUGCCGUGCGCCCGGGCGCGCCCCGAGAGCGGCAGGGCCGUGCCCACAGGCAGGCAGGGCAGGGGAUCUGAUCUCCGUCCCCUGCGGUCCAGAGCGCUGCCUCUUGCCCAAAGUGGUGGGCAGGUGCCGGGCCUCCUUCCUGCGCUGGUGGUACAACGCUACAAGCCGGACGUGCCAGCGUUUCACCUACGGUGGCUGUGGGGCCAACCUCAACAACUUCCUGGUGGAGGAUAAGUGCCGGGUGACAUGCGCUGCGGCCACAGAUGGGGAGGACUUGAACGAGAUUCCGCAGGCCAGCCAGAGAACAGAGCAGAGUGCAGAUGAGGAGCCCGCCAGGCGCAUCCAACCGGCCAACGACUCUUUCCCCUACGCAGAGUCCUGUGCUGCGCCCCGCCUGACCGGCCCCUGCCGCGCUGCCUUCCCGCGCUGGUACUACGACCCGGCCGCCCGGGCCUGCAGGCAGUUCAUCUACGGGGGCUGCAAGGGGAACAAGAACAACUACCUGCGGGAGGAGCAGUGUCUGCACCAGUGCAGCGGGGCCGCAGGGGGUGCUGAGGGGCCCGAGCCGGGCGUUCACUCCAGCAGAGUGGUGGCCCUGGCCGUGCUGCUGGCCAUCCUCGUCGCUGUCCUGCUGGGCUCCGUGGUCGUCUUCUUCGUCUGGCUGUGCAGGAGGAACCAGGAGCUGUCUCUGAGUGUGCCCUGGAGCCCCCUGGACGACAAGGAGUACCUGAUGAGCAACGCCUACACGCUGUGAGGCCGGGUAGCCGGCCCGUGGGCUCCGGCCGGGACCUGGGCCUCGGCCGUGUGUACCUAGCAGAGAGUGACUGGAGCUGGGUGUGUGGGAAUGUCCCUGGGUUAUAAACUCCCCGCGCCAGCAACUGCUGCAUGUUUGUGCCCCGGCCACACGGGCGGGGCCUUCGCUGCACCCAGGCCUCUUUCUCGGAGGCUUGCUUCCAUUUUUUUAAACUUUUUU